AUGCAGACCUCCGUCCUGACCUGCGCAGGCCUGGGCAAGCCUGCAGUGAAAACAUGCAAAGCGCCUCGCAGGGCAGUGCAGGUGGUGGCCACCUCCGCUAGGCAUUCGUCCAACCUGUGGACGCCCACCUCGCAGCGCGGUGUCGACUUUGGCAGCAGGGUGGCGGCCGAGAAUGUCAUUUAUGCCGGGCAGGGCCCGCCGCCGCCCAGCCCAAUGGUGGUGGAGCGAUUCCAGCAGGUCAUCUCGCAGCUCUUCUCGCAGCGCAUAGUGCGGCUAGGCGGGCCGGUGGAUGAUGACAUGGCCAACCUGAUUGUGGCGCAGCUGCUCUACCUGGACUCGGCGGACCCCAACAGGGACAUCACCCUGUACAUCAAUUCCCCUGGUGGCUCUGUUACCGCAGGCAUGGCGGUGUUUGACACCAUGCGCCACAUCCGCCCCAACGUGUCCACCGUGUGCGUGGGCCUGGCAGCGUCCAUGGGUGCCUUCCUGCUGGCGUCUGGCCAUCAAGGCAAGCGGUACAGCCUUCCCAACAGCCGCAUCAUGAUUCACCAGCCCCUGGGUGGUGCCCAGGGCCAGGCGGCUGACAUUGAAAUCCAGGCGAAUGAGAUCCUGCAUCACAAGCUCACGCUCAACGGCUACCUGGCUGAGUUCACGGGGCAGAGCAUGGACACCAUCACAGCCGACACCGACCGUGAUUUCUUUAUGAGCGCACAGGAGGCGGUGGAGUAUGGCCUGAUUGAUGCAGUGGUGAGCAAGCCUGUGCUGGCAAUGGCAUAA